AAAAGAAAAAAAGAGCUAUGUCAAGGAACAAAUUUCAAAAGUGGAAAGCACUGAUUCAUCCCAAAAUAAUGACAUAUCCAGUGAAAAUAAAUACAAUCGGAGAUUCAAAAUAAGACUUCUCUUGAAAAUGAUAAAUAAAUCUUCGCAAAAAUUUGGAAUAUUUGAGAAAAAUCUGCCAGCUGAUUAAAUGAUAUUCAAAUACUGUGGAAAGAGUUGAUUGAAACAUUUUAUCCGAGGCAAACCUAUUACAUUUGGCUAUAAGUUAUGGUCUCUUUAUGGAGAAAGUGUGUACUGUUUCAAAUUUUAUUUGCACUGUGGAAAAGAUCCAGCAGAUACUGAAAGGGAUGACCUACUGUUGGGAUCAACAGAAGUCCCAAACAUGUUUGAUUGCAUUCAAAAGCCAAAAACCAUUGUGUGUACUUCGAAACUUUCUUCAUUAGUAGAAAUCUUCUGAUUCAUCUCAGAUAUCUGGGUUAUUGUGCAAUUGGGACUGUCAAAACAAGUCAAGCUGGUGACUGUCCCCUCCAGACCAGCAAGAAACUGAAAAAUACAGCUCAAAGUGAGUAAGACUAUCUGUUCAAAAGGAACUGUGAAGUCUUAUUUGUUAGAUGACCUGUCAAGAAUUGUGUUACAUUUGGCACAAAUUUUGACAAAGUUGAAUCUUUGGGAGCAGCUACCCACUAUUUUAGAUAACCAAAUAAGCAGACACAAAUACAACAACUUACUGUUUUGAAGAUGUUUAAUGUGUGCAUGAGAAAAUUUGACCAUCACGAGUGGUUAGUGGGAAAAUAUGCAACAGUAAUGAACAGUGAAAUUGGUAUUUACAGAAAUGGGCAUCUUGGAAGAAAUUGAAAUAUUCAUCCAUGGCCACAUGGGGAAUAACAAGAUCCUUAAUGAAAUGACAGACUUCAAAAAUUCACAUUUCUUUUCCAGUUUCGCUACAGUACUCUUAGAAUAAAAGAUACAUAACAUGACAGUCGUUUGACUCUAACCCCAGCAAUAGCUUGGAAAUAUGUAAAAUAAAUAGUUCAUAUCAAGAUUUGUACACUAAUACUGUAACAGGUGCUUAAUUUGUAGAGUAUUUUGUUAACCCACAUCUAUAAUAUGAUAACAAGAUGUGCAGAAGACAUGUAAACGCCUGACUCCACAUAGAUUGACAGAUUGAUAGUCUAAUCGAAACCAACUGUAUUUUGAUUACCACCUUGUCCACUGCACUACAGACUUGUUUUUGUGAUCAUGUUUCCAAGUUACUGUUUCAUUAGUGAAAAUUUGUGAACAGUGAUCAAGAGAGCCACAGAAACAGAAACGCCUUAGCUCAUCACUAUAAGACUGCCACUCCAGAAGAACAAAGUGAGUGGAGGUUACCAUAUUUUUUCAUGUGAACAUCAGUCCAGCUUCCAAAGUGACAUCGCCUCGCAGCUUCCAAAGUGACAUCGCCUCGUACUAAGUUUCCUCUUCUUCUCUCAGAGAGAAAAUAACCACAAACCUACUACAAGAGAAAACGAUAUGAAAAUAAUUAGAAUAAAUAGUGAAAGACAUUCCUAACAUUACAGGAAAACUAUCAUAUAUACAAAACAAAGUCUGAAAAUAAACAACUACUAAAUGACCAAGUAAAUAUGACUAACAACUUACUGUUUACACUGACUGAUCAUAUAAUAGACAGAAAUCCCAACAAAUGAUUACACAUCUGAUUCCUCUCAUAAGUAUAUACAGGAAAAUAUAAUAAUAAUAAUAAUUAUUAUUAUUAUUAUUAUUAUUAUUAAUAAAUAAAAUAAUAAAAAUAGUAAUAAAAAUAAAAUAAAUAAUUUUUAUUUUAUUAAAAAAUAAGAAAUAUCUCUCCCUCUGUAACACACACACACAUUCACAUUCACAAAACAGUUGACUGCAGAAAACUGAGAAUGUUGGUAACAUUUAGAAAAACAAAUGAAACUCUUUAUUAAAAAGAUGGUAGUUACAGUGAUGUGCAACGUAAACAGUGAACUGAAAGUGAACUGUAAAAUGUCCACCUGGUUGUCAGAUGAGAAAAAGCAGUUUGCAUAGAUGCAAUGAAUUAGAAGUUACCUCAAUAUCCUUGAUGGUAUGGCGAACGACAAGAGAACUGGUGGCAGUAGCAGUUUGAUUAACAGAGUUGGUGUGCCUCCAAGAACGAGCAACACCAUAGAGUGCACCACCAAACUGGUAGCACUCUCUGAGCAUAAAAGUGGUACACGACAUCAUGUGCACCAUCUCACCAUCUGCCAGAAGACAUCUGCACAUUUGAAGGAACUGAUCGAGGACCAAAACGUGAAGUGUAGUGAAUUUCUGCAUCGCUGCAACGUGUGUAACAAAACAGUCGCAAGUAGUGGCAGCUUGAAGACCCACAUCCGUCGGCACACUGGUGUACGACCGUAUAGUUGUGACGUGUGUCAGAUGUCAUUCAUAAGUAACACCAAGCUGAAGUAUCACUCUCGUGAGCACACAGGUGUACAUCCCUACAUCUGUAAAGUGUGCCACAGGACGUUGUCGAGUCAGAGCGCCCUUAAGAUCCAUGCGCGAGUGCACACAGGCGAACGUCCGUAUAUUUGUAACAUGUGUCAGAAGACAUUCAUAAAUGCCAGUAACCUGAAGAAACACUCACGUCUCCACUCGGGCGAACGUCCCUACGACUGUGGAGUGUGUCACAAGACGUUCAGAAGUAGCAGUAACCUGAAAAAACACUCCUGUGUGCACAAAGGUGAACGUUCCCAGUUCUGUAAAGUGUGCCACAUGACGCUGUCGAGUCAGAGUACACUAAAGAUCCACUCGCGAAUCCACACAGGCGUACGCACAUAUAUUUGUAGUCUGUGUCAGAAGACAUUCAUGAAUAGCGGCAAUCUGAUGAAACACAUACGUAUCCAUACAGGCGAACGCCCUUACACCUGUGGAGUGUGUCACAAGAUAUUCAUAAGUAGCACCAAGCUGAAGAAUCACUCACACGUUCACACAGGCGAACGUCCCUACGUCUGUGAAGUGUGCCAUAUGGCGCUGUCGAGUCGAGGUACACUAAAGGUCCACACGCGAAUGCACACAGGAGAACGCCCAUAUAUUUGUAACAUGUGUCAGAAGACAUUCAUAAAUAGCAGUAACCUGAAGAAGCAUGUUCGUGUCCACACAGGCGAACGUCCCUACACUUGCGAAGUUUGUCAUAAGACGUUCUCAUGUGGGUCCAAUUUCAAGAGACACUACCGAGUACACACUGGCGAACGCCCAUACAACUGUGGGGCCUGCUACAAGACAUUUGCCUGUAAGUCGGGCCUGAAGAAUCAUUUGAGAGUGCACUCAGGCUAAUGCCCAUACAGCUGUGAUGUGUCGUCUAAGAUGUCAAAAAUCAGACAUGGCUUUAAUACCUACAUGUUGUUGGGUCUUGCCCAUAUGACGCAUGUCAUAUGACACAUUAAAUAAUGGCAAUAAUGAUAAUGACUCUUGUGACUGGCACUCCUCUGCUUCGCUUCAGAAUAACAAUAAACAAAACAUGAACUGCCAUGUGGAUAAUAACAACUAUCAAAAGCGAAGAGAACAGAUACAACCCUUGAUAUCAAAACAUAACAGAUUAUAACAGAACAAUGACCACUUUAACAGCUAAAACGUAUCAGACAAUAGACUAAUAUAUGUGGUCAUGGUAGAUCAGUAAAUACCAAACAAAUGCAAGGUGCAGCAGAAUAACCAGAUUGCUCACAACGCUCAUACGUAUUGGCAGAAGAGUGAGCACACUGUCAACAUCCAUUCAAGGAGACUGGCACAUUCUCAGUUGUGAAACUUCCAAUGUUUAAAGUAAACAGAGUUUAAUUUCUAACAUAAUCGGUUAUUACAAUGUCUGUGUUUACACAGUGCCUAUAUCAAACAUUACGAUGUCCUUAUACAUGCAUGUACGUCUGAAGGAACAGACACUGUUUUGAUGAUUGCAGCUGUUGUAAAUAUUACAAAAUAUGGUGCAUUGCAAGGCGGAAGGGAAAAAUGGACUUUUCUGAUGUAAAGAAAGUUCAUACUGAAUCCCUUUCCUUGGAGAAAAGUAUUCCUACAUUAUAUAAGCCC